AAAAAAUAUAAUCGUUGUUAACCUUUACUAUCUCUUCGACUUCUUCCUUAGUUGGUAUUUCAUUUAAAAUAUUAAAAUAUCUUUUUAUUUUUAGGAGAAAAUGAAAGUGACUUUAGUUUUUAUUUUGGCUAGUUUGAUGUCCCUUUCAUCGGCGGUAGUAAGGUAUGAUAAUUAUACUUUGUAUAAAUUAUCCCCAAAAACUGUCUAUGAACUUGAAAUUCUACAAAUCUUACAAAAGUCUAGCGAAUAUAAAUUGGAUUUCUGGAAAGAUACACAUAUACUAGGAAUACCAAUUAAAGUAUUGGUUUCCCCACUAGACAAGUAUAACUUUGAAGAGAUAAACAGCUGGUUGAAAAAAUUAGCGAAUGACUAUCCAGACACAGUGAACUUAAUUAAAGGAGGAACAUCUUUCGAAAAAAGGGAUAUUUUGGGUGUGAAAGUCAGUUUUGGAAAACAAAAAGGACGACGAAGUGUGUGGCUUGAUUCGCAAAUGCACGCAAGAGAAUGGAUUUCUGGUGCCACUACAACAUUUAUCCUAAAUGAAAUAUUGAACAGUAAAGAACCUGCCGUUAGAGCAAUUGCUGAGAGUCAUGAUUGGUACAUAUUUCCUGUCAUAAAUCCAGAUGGCUAUGAGUAUUCUCAUACUACAGAUCGUUUAUGGAGAAAAACCCGUAGUGAUUAUGGUCAAAGCUGUAAAGAAACCAAAGAAAGAAGCAAAGAAGAAGCAAAUUACGAUCCGUGCCCUGGACCAGCUGCUUUCUCUGUGGUUGAAACUAACAGUUUAUCUGAACAUAUGAGCAAAGUAGCUGAUUCUCCUGUCAUAAAUCCAGAUGAAUAUGAGUAUUCCCACACUACUGAUCGUUUAUGGAGGAAAACCAGUAUUGAUUAUAAUCAAAGCUGUAAAGGAACCGAUCCCAAUCGUAACUGGGGAUAUAAAUGGAAUGAAGAAAGAGUAAAUAAUGAUCCGUGUAGUACCCUCUAUCCUGGACCAGCUGCUUUCUCUGAAAUUGAAACUAGAAGUUUAUCCGAGUAUAUGAGCAAAGUAGCUGAUGAAAUACUAGUUUUUAUAACAUUCCAUUCGCAUGGUCAACUUAUUCUAUUACCUUAUGGUCAUACUCCUCAACAUCUUGACAACUACGAUGAAGCUUAUAGCGUAGCUGCUAAAGCAGCUGAAUCAUUAGCUGUGAGAUACGGAACUCAAUACAAUAUUGGAAAUAUAGCAGAAACCUCACUUGGUAAGUUUAUUGAUAUAUACUGGUACAUUCAGUCAAAAAACUUUGAUACAACUUUUUUUUUAAAACAUGAUAUGAAAAUAAUUACAAUUAUAACGUUGUUGUACAAGGUGCUCACCUUGUACAAUGUGGAUCAACUCAGUUGGUUGUUGCCACUCAGUCGAUCAAGUCCUUGUUCAAAGCGGGAAUUUGUGCGUUUGAUUAAAAACUGUGUAACCUCGGAAACGUUUUUUGGAUGGUGCUAG